GAGUGACAUUUGGCGCAAUAUGUCGACGCGGGUUGGUUCUAUGUAUAUAAAAGGUGGGCGCUGCGGUUAAAUCAUCGUCAGUAACGUCCAACCGGUGGUGUCCACAUGAAACUGAAGUGAAGUAAUAAAGAUAGAAAAUGACAGGCAAGAUUAUCCUUUUGAGUUUGUUAGCGACAAUGGUAAUGGCGGCAAACGAACCGAUUGCCAUUGUACGUCAAUCACAGGACAUCAGCCCGGAUGGUAGUUUUUACGCGAAAUGGGAAACCGCUAAUGGUAUAACCGUUGAAGAACAGGGUAGUCUGAAGAAUGUCGGUUCGAAGGACGAAGCCGAGGAAGUUCAGGGAUCAGCUGCUUGGACAGCUCCCGAUGGUACAAAGGUCAAUCUUGGAUGGCUGGCUAACGAAAAUGGUGCCGUUUUCGAGGGUUCCCAUUUGCCAACACCACCACCGACUCAACCAAUUCCUGCCGCCAUUCAACGUGCUCUGGACUGGAUAGCUACUCAUCCAUACAAAGAAGAUAACAAGAACAAACUUUAAACGUUCAUACUCUUAUUUAUAUAUUAUUAUUAUUAUUAUUGUAAAAUAUAUUUUAUUUUAUUAACACAAAAA